AUGGGUUCUGCAAGCAAAGCUUCAUGGAUGGUGGCGGUGAGUGUUGGUGCAGUGGAGGCUCUGAAGGACCAAGGUAUUUGCAGAUGGAACUAUGCCUUCAGUUGUCUUCACCAACACGCCAAGAACAACAUGAGAUCAUUUUCUCAAACCAGAAGGAUGUCUUCUUCUUCUUCUUGUUGUUGUUUAGAGAACAGGAAAACAAAGGAAGUUGACCAGAAGGCAAAGCAAUCGGAGGAAACUCUCAGAAAAGUCAUGUACUUAAGCUCUUGGGGACCUUAUUAGC